UAAGAAAUUAUUUUGUUCAUUUCAAUAUUCUUCAAUUAUUUUCUUACAAUAUAUUUUUCCUUAGUCAUGGAGAAGUCAAAAAGUUUCAACAGCUUUGUUAUUGGUCAUAAAAUUGAAUGUAUCUAGUGACGCCAAUGAACGAUAACAAUGUAACGUUAGAAGUGCAAAAAGUCAAUAGAAACAAACUUUUGUCAUCUCAUUGUUUGAUUAAUUGUAAUAUCUAGUGCUGCAACUAUUUGAUAUGUCAUAUGUCAUGAAUCACAUGGACGGAGUGCCCGUAAAAAUAUCUGAGAAGUAUAAGCGACCACCUCGAAUAGAUUUACCUUACAGCAUUACAGAUUGCCCAUUGCGUGUUGAAAAUGUUGAGAACAUCAAAUACUGUUCUACUUUCGAGAGAAACGUACUUUCUAAAAUAAAAGAGCUGAGGAGUGCGAAAGAAACGAAAAAGAACGAAAGGAGACAUCGCCUUCAAUUGUUAGAAGAAGUAAAACAAAAGAAACUGGAUGCAAUAGCAGUAGCGGAAGCUGAAGAGAAACUGAAGCAGCUGAGUGUAUCAGAAGUGUCUUAUCCUAGUACUGAUGAGAUUAGUGCAUUAUCCCCUGAUGAUAAACCCGAGCAAGCCUGUGAUAUAACCCCCACACAAGAGAGUCCAGAGUUUUCUGAUGCUAAAGAUGUUCCCUAUCCACUGACUACAACUGCAGCAGAAUCUCCAUUGAAUAUACUUCAACCCAUACAGGUGCAGUCAAAUUCCCAACAAAGCAGUUUAUUAGAUGACCCUGAUCCUCUACAAGAAUUGAAAAUGACUGCCAAAAUAACUAGGAUACCAUAUUACAAAUCAAAUGUUGAUACAUUGACUUUUAAAGACUUUGAAAAUGAUACGUCUAGCCCGUUUGAUAAUGUUGAACUUAAGACAAUAAAUGAUAUGGAAUUAUUGGCACAGGUUUUGCAGAGUCAAAGGGAUUCCAGUACUAGUUGUAAUCCGCAGAUGUAUAUACCAGAGCAGGGAUAUACGGUAGUUCCCAAUUGUGCGUCGCAGUCACAGUUAGAAGGUGUUACAUAUCUUCCAAAUUCAUACACGGAACAACCCAUUCAUGGUCCAACUUCGGUAUACUCCUCGGAACAGUACCCUGUUCCUAAUGGCUAUUACAUCUUAGGAGAUAACUCUUGUGAUAACACUGUAGCUAUGGACAAUAGAAACAUGUAUAUGCCGAAUUAUCAAUAUUAUAGUCCUAAUAAUCAAUUCCCAGCAAAUACGAACUAUUACAGUACUCAGUUACCAGCUACAUCAGAGGCAAACCAAGCACCAAAUGGAUCUACGUACAUUCCUCAACCUUAUUAUUUCAAUCCACCAGAUACUUUGCAAUAUUCUCCUACGAGGCCUUACAACGUAGCACAUAAUAAAAAUACUGACAAUCAAAACUCCUCUGUGACAUCGCAAAGUACGAUGAAAUCACGAUCUCGAAGUGUUCCAGAUAUAGUUAAGGAAUUAGACGAAGAAUUAGCAUCGGCUAAACUUAGGGCUAAUGAAAGAUCUUAUAACGCUAGUCCUGCUCCAAAAGCAAUUCCUCAGACUUCCAAAAGUGGGAAGAAGGAAGAUAAGAGGAGUAGAAGAAAAGAGCAGUUGCCAAAUCCAUAUGAUAAAUUGCCUGCAAAGUUACAGGGUAUAUGUCAGAAGAUUCAUGGAAUGGGCUUUCCAUUAGACAGAGUUGCUAGAGUCUGUAGUCUUUUAGGAGAUAAUGAUAAAAAGGUGAUCGAAGGUCUUCUUAUCAUAGGAGAACUGAUGGACUUGGGUUUCCCCGAAGGCAGAGUGUCGGCAGCGCUAGCGAAACACGAAUUCAAUAGGGAUAAAGCGUUAGAUGAGUUGGUAUCCUAACAGUUCGGCUACAAACUGGUCUGGUUCCCGGUGAGACAAUGAUGUCAGGGUGUGAAGAUUUAGUUCAAGAUGCUUCGGAAACUAUGCAGGUCAUAGGCGACGAUCAGUGUGAUAGAGAAGCUUGCUGUUCCUAUGGAGAAUACAUUGACGGUUUGGUGUUUUCUCGUAAAAUGUUUGUAAUUAAAAAGAAACUAUUUUCUUUAUUGGUCUGAAUGGGCGAUCUGUAAUAGAUGGUAAUAUCGAGUAAAUUCUAGAAGAUACAGAGUGUAGCACUGUGAUAAUGAGGAAUUAUCAGUAAAUAUAGGUAGAAUGUUGUCGAGUUGUAUAUAAAAUUGGAAAGUCUGUCUUGCCGCAUUCAUAGUCCCCACACUUAAAAAAAAAUAAAUAGAGAAACUCGGAAUGGCAACACAAUUGCCGUAUCUGUGAUUCUAUAUAAAGAAAGAAGAAAGAAAGAAAAACAUUUAUUGACAACCAUUAUUACAUUUACACAUUUGACAAAGGUACAUUUUAUACAUAUAUAUACAUAUGCACACACACACUCAUAUACAUAUACACAUACAUACAUACAUACACACUUAGAACAAUUACAAAAAAUAAUCUUAUAUUAUUUAUAUAUAUGGUUGGCAACAUGGCUGACACUCAGCAUAUGCUGUAUACAGCUAACUGUCAC